AGACGGAGGCAGAGACAGAGACAGAGAGAGCGAUGGACAGGGAGACAGAGACGGAGGGAGUAGAGAGAGAGACUGGGGUAAGGGUGGGGGUCGUACAGUGCGCAUGGCAGCCUUGGAGAUGUUGCUAGGUGUGUUGUCAGGGCUAGCCUCUCUGUGUACUGGGUUCUAUAUUCAGACGGCAGGGUUCACCUGGCCGUUCAUCACAGCAGCCGUACUACACCUGAUCAACCUGGUAUACACAGCGUGGGUACUGCAGGAGACUGUGGAGAGACCCUCGCACACAGACUCAUCUUCAUCACCAUCAUCAUCACCAACACCUUUUGGGGUGGGCUCAGCACGCUUUCUCCAACGAGAAGCCCUGAUUGGUCGGUUUCAGGGUGUGUAUCUGUUAUUCACCGCGUCACCAAGGAGGAGGAAAACUGUCCUGGGACUGAUACUGGCGGCCUUUGCUUUCUAUACGGUGUCGAAGCUGGGUGGUAUGUCCAUCUUCAUCCUGUAUGAGCUGAAUGCUCCUCUGUGUUGGAGUGAGGUGUUGGUUGGCUAUGGUUCAGCCUUGUCUACACUCAUCUACCUGGGGAGCUUUGCAGGGGUGUCCCUGCUGUCGCGCUGUCUUCGGGACGGGUAUAUAGUACUACUGGGACUGCUGUCUGUCGCUGCAGGACUACUGAUGGCUGCCUUCGCCAAGAGCACGCUGCUCAUGUUCCUAGUGCGACUGCCUCUCCUUCUCUCCAUCAUGCCUGCUCCUGUUCUGAGGUCCAUGAUGUCCAAGAUAGUACUCCGCUCUGAACAGGGUGCAGUGUUUGCCUGUGUUGCGUUCGUGGAGAUGCUGAGUAUAGGUGUUGGGAUCACCGUGUUCAGCAGCACCUACGCCUCCACUGUCUCCUGGUUCCCUGGAUUCAGCUUCCUGCUGGCCUCAGCCAUCGCACUCAUACCGGCUGUUCUGAUUGGGGUGGUAAUGUGUCUGCGACUGGACAAGGAUGAAGAGGCCAGUCGACUAACAGCUGAUGAUGAUGAGGAGGAGACAGAGAGCUGUGGACAGUCACUACAGCUACCACACUGAGCUACCACACUGAGCUACCACACUGAGUGAUUUACCACACUGUGUGAGCUACCACACUGAGCUACCACACUGUGCGAACUACCACACUGUGUGAGCUACCACACUGUGUGAGCUACCACACUGAGUGAUUUACCACGCUGUGUGAGCUACCACACUGUGUGAGCUACCACACUGAGUGAUUUACCACACUGAGCUACCACUCUGAGUGAUUUACCACGCUGUGUGAGCUACCACACUGAGCUACCACACUGAGCUACCAGACUGAGCUACCACUCUGAGCUACCACUCUGAGUGAUUUACCACGCUGUGUGAGCUGACCCUUUUGUAGAUUAAUGAUUGAUGACAUUAAAACCAUCUGCCGUGUCAACCCAGCGUGAAAAUGAAUGAAAACCCUUCUGUGAAAUAUGAAUGCAUGAAUAACUGUCAGUCAGUUUUGACUAAAAUGUCAGCUAAAUGGUAUAUAUUGUAGAAUUGUAAAACAAUACAGAAUAAUUGAGUAAACAACAAUAAUUGACUUUUUCCACCAUACAAAAGGGAUAGUUGAUCUAAAUUACACAGUUUUACCUUACUUAACUAGGCAAGUCAAUUAAGAACAAAUUCUUAUUUACAAUGACAGCCUAGGAACAGUGGGUUAAC